AUGUCUCAUCCUAACCCCCCAACACUCCCCCUCCGCUACAUCACAAUAACAGUCAUGGGAUUCCUCGCAUCCCGCUUCAUGCAUCCCUACCCCGCCGCAAGCGGAACCCGUCUCACCAUCACCGCACAACUAAACUUCUUCACCGUCCGAGCAAUCCACCUCCUCUUGAUAAAGCGCCUAGACGACCGCGCCAUAUCCCGUGAACUACCACCACAUCGCUCUCUCUUCCGCUCCAAUCGUCUCUGGCACGCUAUCCAAAUCCUCAUCCAGCCGCGUGGUAUCGCAACGCCGAGAGAAAUCAAAAAUAUCCCCGCCCACCCGGCAUAUUACUCAACAACCAACGCCGGAACCAAGAAAGCGCCCACUCCCACUCCCAUCCUCAUUUCUCGGGCCAAAUUCCUCACAAGACAAAUCACCAUUUUCACAUGGCAGUAUCUAGCAGCGGACGUCGUGCAAGCCGCAGCCCGACAACAAGCCUUCGAACCCGCUGCUGGCAGCGAGUCCGGGUUCACGCGUAUAAACUGGUAUAUAUCACCGGAGAAAUGGGUCGAGCGCGGUCUCACGAAUUUAAUAACUUGGUUCGUGCUGACGCGGAUAUUAAUCGAUGCGCAUUAUCGGUUCCUGUCUAUUCUUUUUGUCGGAUUGGGAUUUGAUACGCCGGAGAAUUGGCCGCCGGCGUUUGGGAAGAUGAAGGAUGUUUAUACGGUUCGGAAGUUUUGGGGAAAAUUCUGGCAUCAAUUCCUCCGCGGCCCAUUCACGGGUGUUAGCGAUUUCAUCGCUAGGGAUAUCCUCCAUCUCCCCCGCCCAUCUCUCGUAGAGCGCUACACAAACAUAUUCAUCGUAUUCUUCCUUUCAGGGGUGGAACAUGUCCUGAACGACCGCGUCCAGACCAUUCCAUGGGAAUACUCCGGCGCAAUUAUCAGCUUCCCCAUCACCAUAUUCGCAAUUAUGUUCGAAGACGGGGUUCAAGAGCUCUGGAAAAGGCUCAAUCCACCAACUGAGAAAGGAAAAGAAAAGAAAAAGGAAAAGACAGUUUCUAGGACUGACGACGCCGUCCCGCCGCUGUGGCAGAGGGGCGUGGGGUAUGUUUGGACGUUGACUUGGUUGGGUGUUGCUUCGACGUGGUAUCUUUAUCCUCUUUAUGAGGUUCCCCCGCAACUUACGACGCUUGUUCCUGUGAGUUUGUCGGAGAGGUUUGGCAUGAAGCCGUUGGGAAGCGUGGUUUUGGGAGCUGGGUUGUUGGUGGGGUAUCUGUUUGGGGCUGAGAUUUGA